UUCUCUUCAACCAUGGCGCCAAAAGUUUUAGCGGCAAUCUGGUCUUAAAAAAAAAAUCAAAAUUUGAACAGCAAAAUCCAACUCAAAUCAAUCCAAAUUCUCAUCCCUUCCCCCCGAGAUCUAAUUGUUGAAAUAGACCGAAGAAUUCCUCACUUAUCUUUCUGGUUUGAAUUCUUACAAAACUGGCAGCUACUUUAAUACAAAUCUUCCCUUCUAGUUUUCCUCCAAACAAUUACUAUCUCUUUCACGAGUUCCCAAUUCUGUUUGCGAAUCCUAAUUUGGGUUUACAACCUUCUAUCUGAUGAUUUGAUGAGUGUGUUAAUUCCUGAAUCGGAAUUCGGCGAGUCUCCCUUCGCCUGCUGAAGAGACAACGCAGAAAAGCUCUAGGGGCCGACAGGCAUGGAAUGAAUGGUUCCAUUUGCAAUCAUAUUGGGUAAAGCAACAUGUAUGAAAGUUUGGUGAAGAUGAGAAGCACGCCAAUCGCACAAAAAGAAUAAUCUGAUUCGUUGGGAUAAUUGAAUGGUCUAGGAGGAGAGGAGGAAUUGGGGGCGAGAAUUUCACGAUAAAGACCGAUAGUGAAGCUUUCAAGGGAGCAACUCAGACUGAAGGGCGAAAACGCAUAUCGUUGGUCUAGGUUUUUUCAGGGAGAGUGGAGGAAAUGGCAAGAGGGCAGUUGAAAUUGGAGAGGGUUGAUUCAAUCUAGAAGAAGACAGACCUAGUGACUGAAAAUCGAGUGAAGGGCGGGCUGAUAAGUGAGGGAGAGAAAGGUGGAAAGAGAGAGACGAGAGGCUUUUGGAACUUGAAUCAACGAGGCGAAUCUAAAGAAAAAUAAAAAGGAGGACUUUAGGGGAAAGUCUUAACGGUUAGGAGUUAGGGAUUCGCCGCACAGAUCUAGUUGACAAAUAAUGGUGAGGGAGAAGAGAAUAGAGACUUUCUACACGAGACUCCGUGCAUCAGCUACAGAAUCAUUGUCUCAGAAUCCUCUGCUCAUUUUUCCAUCAACCUCUGAUGUAGACUCUCUAUGUGCCCUCAAGAUCAUAAGCCACAUUCUUGAGUCUGAUUCAGUCCAUUACUCAUGUUUUCCAGUGUCAUCUUUCCCAGAAAUCCACAAAUAUGCUGGGCCUGGCUUGUCUUCUUCAUGUGAUAAUUAUGUUACGAUUCUCUUGAUUAAUUGGGGGUGCCACCGGGACUUGCGAAAGGUUCUCAGCUUAGGCCCUGCAGCACGUGUUUUUGUGGUUGAUAGUCACAGACCAAUUCAUUUGCAUAAUUUGAGUGACCAAAAUAAUCAGGUGAUUGUUUUGCACACUGAUGAUGAUGAGCAGCAAUCUGAUUUAACCUGUGAUUUUGAUACUUUGACUUUGGCUAACGAGAGCUUCCGACAACAUCUUGAGAGACUAGAAACAAAUUUGGGUAGUGAGCAUGGAUCUGACAGUGAAAGUGAGGAAGAAGAGGGCAGUAAGAGUGAAAGUGACAGCGAUGAAGGGGAAGUGGAAGACAGAAAUGGUGAUGGGUCAAAGAAGCGAAAAAUGGUAGGUGAUGGAGAGCAGCUUUUUAAGAGAUUGAAGAGGGAGUAUUAUCGUGUAGGCACUUUUCAUGGUAAACCGUCAGGGUGUUUGAUGUAUGAGUUAUCUCACUCUGUGAGGAAAAACAUGAAUGAAUUGCUCUGGUUGGCUUGUGUUUCACUGACUGAUCAAUUUGUUCAUGAGAGGCUAACAGAUGAGAGGUACCAGGCUGGAGUUAUGGAGCUUGAGCAGCAUAUUAACAGCUCAGGGAACUUAGAUGCAGUUACUUCAGUGACUCUCAAAGAUGGGACAAAGAUUAGAGCUCCUGACUGCUCCAGAAUUGCAUAUGAAGAUGAACCAAGGCUGAUGUUGUUAAGAGAGUGGAAUUUAUUUGAUUCAAUGGUUUGUUCGUCAUAUAUCGCCCCUAAGUUGAAGACAUGGAGUGACAAUGGCAUGAAGAAGCUUAAACUUCUUCUUGCUCGCAUGGGAUUUGCACUGGUAGAUUGCCAGCAGAAGUUUCAAUACAUGAACCUUGAAGUAAAACGGAAAAUGAAGAAUGAGUUUGAAAGGUUUUUACCUGAGUACGGGCUUACUGAUUUCUACUACAGGAGUUUUUUGCGGUUACAUGGUUAUAGCUCAAGGGUCUCAGCUGCAGAUGUGGUAUAUGGUGUUACUGCAUUGCUGGAAUCAUUUGUAGAAUCAGAUGGUUUCUGUGCAUCAAAGCAAUUUGGGGAGGCAUAUGAUGCGUUGUCCUUGAAUAAUCUUGAUAAGCUGAAAACUGGAAUGCAGCAAGCAAUCAAGAUACAAAAGGCGAUUCUCAGGCAAGGGAGUGCAGCGAUUACCAAGAGUGGUUCCAUUAGAAGUGGAAGGAAAUUCAGGUGGGUAAAGCUUGAAGAUACAGCUGAUGCCAAGCUACUGGGGUAUCCCCAGGCCUUGACUAAAUUCUGCUACUUUCUAAUGGAUGCAUUAAAAGAGAAAGGAGCUCGAAUGAAGCCGAUGCUUUGUGCUUGCUUAGCACAACAACCAGGGAAAGUUUUGAUUGUUGGGGUUUGUGGGAAGCCUCGACUUGGGGCAGUCCAAGGGAAUGCAUUUGGCGUUGCAUUCAGAAAUGCAGCUGAGGAAACUGGCGGUGAGUUCUUCCAUGAACUUUUUGAAUCAUCAUGGAUUGUUUUGGAUGCAGCUGCUGUUAAUUCAUUCAUGGUUAGAUUAACAGAUAAGCUAUGAUGAAAUUCACCUGUCUUAUAGACAUGGUUAACAGUCUGUUAACUUUAUGCUCAUUUAUUUCCCACAUCCGUUGAUUACCAUGAGAGGGUUUUUUAUUUGUCUUGCAUGUUCGGAGACUUUUCAAACAUUUGUAAUCACUGAUCCAAUUAUAUACAGACGCAUCCAUGUAUUUUCAAAAUCAAGAACUGCCCUGGAGAUUCAGUGAUAUUAAUAUAUGUAACAUUGGAAGAGGAUAUAAUCAAUAAUUCCAGUUUCAUUUGGCAUUUAUAGAAAGUGGAUUAAAGGUCA